ACAGUCAAAAAAAGGUAAACAAAAACGUGAAUUUUUCACCUUUGGAAGUUUUUCUUCAAAUUUUACCACGAAAAAAGCCAACAUGAAGUCAGACGCGGAAAAAACCAUUGAGAUUCUCGAGGCGACUGAGCGUGUAGCAGACAAGAUACUGAUGAAUAAGCAGGAGAUCAUUGAGCUGGACAAGAGGCGUCAGGCCAACCGUGAAGCCCUGAGGGAGGUGCGAAAGAGUGAGGAGCGAAAACACUGGAUUUACGUGGGAUGUCUCCUGGUAAAGAUGAUCCGGGAAAAAGCAGUGGCACUCCUCGAGAAAGAUCAGAGGGUUAUCGACGAUGAUAUUGAGAGACUGAGAAAUGAACAGAGGAAAUUGGUCAAUGAACUUCGAGACUUGGAGCAUCUGUCCCCGGCCAAGGGAUUUGAUAUUAAGCCAUUAGCAAGCAAUGAAUUAUCCGCACUUCAGAGCAAUUUGCUAAAAUUUCGAUAAUAAAAGCGAGAAUUCUUAAAUGUUA